AUGGCUGGACUCUUGGGCGCACUCGGUAGUGCUCUACAACCCGUCGGCGAUGCUUUAGGGAGUACGGUCGGCGCUCUUACGGAUACCGUCGAUCAAACAGUGGGAACGCUCGGAAACACCGUCGAUCAAAUCGGAAGCACAGCGAACGGAGUCCUAGGGGGCAUCGGCAUCGACCAAGCAAGAGGGCCUUUCCAGCAAUGCAUCGCGCAAGCACUCUCCGGCGACUCUGGCCGUUUCGCAUUCCCAACGGACCUCCUCUUCGAUUUGACCGAUCUGCAUCUGUACAACCUCGACCAUCCGCUAACGCCUGCGGCCAUUACGUAUCCGAAUAAUGUGCAAGAAGUGUCGAGCAUUGUGGUGUGUGCGAGCCAGUACGGUGUUGCGGUUCAGGGCAGGAGUGGAGGGCAUUCGUACGAUAACAACGGCCUCGGUGGCAUGGACGGCUCCUGCUCGAUCGACUUCCGAAACAUGAAGGACUUCCGCUACAACGAGGGAGAUCGGACUGUGACUUUUGGUCCUGGAAAUCUGCUGCGAGAUCUGGACCGACAACUUGCGCUCAUCGAUCGGGUCAUGGCGUAUGGAGUGGUUGGAGAGAUCGGGACAGGAGGGCAUAUGACUAUCGGAGGACUAGGUCCACUUUCGCGACUACUGGGAACUGCUACCGACCAGAUCGUUUCCGUACAAUGCGUCCUCGCAAAUGGCCAAAUUGUACAAGCCAAUGCAUACGAAAACCCGGAUCUCUUCUUUGCCAUCAGGGGUGCUGCCUGGUCCUUCGCUCUCGUCACAGAGUUCACGAUGAUUACAUCUCCAGCACCCAGCCAAGUCGUCAGCUACCAGUACAAUAUCACAAUCGCCCCUGGCAACGCAGCGGUUCUGGCAGACACUUUCAAGUCGUGGCAGCGCUUCAUCAGCAACCCCGCCUUGUCCAGACUGUUUGCGUCCACGUUGACGUUGACGAAUGAUGUGCUGAUCUUCUCUGGGACUUACUUUGGCGAUGAAGCUUCGUUCAACCAGCUGAAUAUCGAAGUUGAUGUGCUUGGUGUGGCGAUUGGGCUCGGCAUUACAAGCCGAGUCGUCACGACUGUCGUCCAUGACUUAGUCGACUUGGUGACCGAUCUGGUCGGUGCCAUCCCAGCACACUUCUACAGCAAAAGCCUAAAAGUAACACCCCAAACGCUCUGGUCCGACGCCGCCGUCGAUGCCAUCUUCCAAUACAUCGAAAGCACGCCAAAAGGCACGCCCCUCUACUUCCUCGUCUGGGACCUCAACGGCGGCGCCAUCUCCGAUGUCCCGCCAACUUCCACAGCCUACUGGCAUCGCGACGCUGUCUAUUUCCUCCAAAGCUACGUAAUCGACCUGCUCGGACCCGUCGCCCCAACCUCCUACGCCUUCCUCAACGGCCUUAACGCCUUCAUCCAGCAGGUCGUUCCAGGCAUCGACGACAGCGCAUACCCAGGGUACGUGGACGACCAACUGCCGGAUUAUCUGACGGCUUAUUGGGGCGGGAAUGUGGAGAAGUUGGUGAGUGUGAAGGGGAGGUAUGAUCCGGGGAAUGUGUUUCGGAAUUCCCAGAGUGUGCCGAAUGUCUAG